AUUUAUGCACGACACUACUUUGAAGUUUAUUAGCUGUUAGCAAUUCAUAUGAACUUUUUGCUUUGUUUCAUCACAAGUAAAAAGCCUUAUAUGCCCAUCCUAGGGAGGAAACCAGUCUUCAGCAAAGCAGAAUGAUAUUCCAUCCAAUACAUUAUUCAGUAACGAUCGUGAGAUCACCUACUCACGGUCUUGGUUUAGGCAUUUCUGGUGUACGAUCUUCUGAGAACUCAAAGACAAAAUUCAUAGUUUCAGAUGUCAUACAAAAUGGUCCAGCCUACGAAAAGGUCAGCAAAAACGAUGAACUGAUUAGUGUUAAUGGAAUAAAUUUGAAUUGCCUGAGAUAUUCUGAAGCCAUUCAGAUUCUCCGUGAAUGCGGUGAUGAAGCUGAGUUAAAGCUAUUAAGUCGCAAAAGACAGACCAAAUCCCACAAUUCGCUAAUUACUUCAGAAAAAGAAUACAUCAUGCAGCAAACAAAAUUUCCAUCGUUGGGAGAACCACAAAAUAAUUGUGAAUGUUUGCAAAACUAUCAAACUCACUGUAUGCAUCCGAUGAAAUAUUGCAGCGAUACCGCUUUAUGGAAUCCCAAUUCUAUGUCCGACGAAAACUGUCCAAGACUGAUAGAAAUACAUCUCAAAAGAAGGAACGCAGCUGAAAGUUUGGGUGUAGAACUUUUGAGUCGUUUGACGGUGGCUUCUGUUGAUGAAAAUAGUUUGGGGGCACAGGCUGGUCUCGAAUCCGGUGAUCGUAUUAUAAGACUAAACGGAAUUAACACUGCUCAUUUAAGUCUCAUUGAUACCGCGAACAUGUUACGUCGUCAAGAAACCGUACUUUUGGUAGCGAGGGAUACUUUAAUGAAACAAAAUCAUGUUUAUGAUAAUUUUGGUACGACACCUUUAGUAAAUUCAUCAAGUGUUCCAGCCAAUCUCUCUAGUUUGUUAAAUCACCAGCUUGGGAAUGAGAAAAGACAGUAUCAAGCAUCACAACCAAGGAUGCAUUCUAAUAAAUCUUCGAACGAACAAAUAAAGACAAUGCAUUUUGAACAAGCAUAUCACAGUGGAUGUCACACUUAUGAAAAUUGUGAAGGCUGCCAAAGUAUGUGUGAAGUUCACAAUAGUAACUUUGAGAAUCCAUUUAUCAAAAAUUCUAACAAUUGGAUACAAUCUCAAAUGAAUACUUCUAAUAUUUGUGACAAUCCAAUUCAACACAACUGUAUACAACAUAAUGUAUCCAACAUAAAAAAUCAUGAACGUUUAGAAUCAAAUCGAAAUCUAAAACCACAUAAAAUGUCAAAUAUUUAUUCACGAGAAUUAAAUGGUCAGCAUUGUCCAAAUUUAUUGAAAGAAGACAAAGAACAAUUGUUGAAUGUGUUUAACUCACCUAAAAAUAUAAAAGUAACACUUCAAUUAAACCAGGGUAAAUGUGAUAUUGGCUUGAUACUGUAUGGAGGUAAUACAAAAGGAGUUUAUGUAAGCAAAGUGAUUCCUGAUUCUAUAGCUGACCAAGCAGGAAUUAGUGAGGGUGACAAACUAGUAAAAUUAAAUGGUACAGAUCUAAAAGGAUGGACUAAAGAGGAAGUAUUCCUUGCUCUUAUGGCUAGUGAGAACAAGAUGAUACUUGAACUACUCCAUGAUCCGUCUUCAUAUCAUAAGAUGCUUAAAAGCGAAAUUCCUCAUGAGAGCUUCUAUGUAAGAGCUUAUUUUAAUAUGAAUCAAUAUAUUUCUGGUUCUUCUGCACUCAUGUCAUCUGUUAAAUAUUCUGGUCUUUUUAUAGUAAAAGGGGAUAUAUUUCAUGUUCAUGAUACCCUAUUGGAUAAUGCACUUGGAACGUGGCUGGCAACAAAAGUUUAUCCGAAUACCAGUAGUAUUGGUCUUAUACCAAAUGAACAAAGAGCGCAACGUUUUAUUUCAACUAAUCAGUUUCAGGAGAAUCCUCAGGAAUCAUUUUCUCCUCCACCAUAUGAAAGAGUUAUACAACUGGAUAAAUUUCCUUUCCCUCGGCCAGUUGUAAUUUUUGGUCCAUUAUGUGAAUUGGCACGGCAACGUCUCACACAAAUGUCAUCCAUAAUACCAACUAAACUGGAUUAUUCCAUUGAAAAACCGAUUAAAUUCAUUAUUCCACCGAUUAGUUCAUCUUUUACAUCUAACAAUAUCAAUAAUAGUAAUAACGUCUAUUCAAUAAAUGAAGAAAAUAGUUAUAAUAAUAAACCAUUAGGUUUGAUAAGAUUGAGUGCAAUAAAUGAGUGCAUGAAAAGAGGUUACCAUUGCCUUCUGGAUAUUGGCCCAACAGCCAUUGAACGACUUACUAUUCUCGGAAUCCCUCCAAUAGUGAUAUUAAUUAAUCCAUCAUCUGAGUAUCAACUAAAAGUUUUAUUAAAACACUAUUGGCAAUUUAACAAAACAUCAAGUGCUUUAUUCAUUCCAUCAAGAGUAUCCACUCGUACACGUCCUACCAUCAAAGAGAUGGUUACAACCCUAUGGAAUUCUGUAAUUUAUUUGCGUCAAUAUAAAUCACAUGUUAUAACCGAUACUGUGCCACUGUUAAACAUUACUUCAAAGGAAAAUUCUUUUUCAGAAAUUGAGUGGUUACGAAAUUUAUCUGAAGUUAUAAGACACCAACAAAAUUCACCGGUAUGGAUUGGUGAGGAAUCAGAAAUUGGUCAAUUAAAAAUCAAUGAGUUAAUUGAUGAAGAACAAGAAGGAGGUGAUGACGUCGUUACAAUGAGUGAUUCAGAAACACCGAGACCAACAAAUUGUACUAACAAUAUUUGCAGUGAGGAAGAGGAAAUAAGACACUCAUCUCAUAAUACCAAAGAAACAAGACUGGAAAUGAAUGGUUUGAUCAAAAAUGAUGUUAGUUCAACAGUACCUGAAGACAAGAAGUACAUCCCUCCAUUUCGUCAUGUGCCAGUAUGUCAUGCAAAUGAAUUGAUGGAAAAUACCAAUAAAGAUACAUCAUUUAAAUCAAAAACUAAAGAUUAUUAUAGUUGUACAUGUAAUUUUGAUAAUGCGAAUCCCACGAAUCAAGAAGAAACUAAAUUCAAAGAAAUAAGUGAACAAACAGAUAUUUUAUCCAUGAACAUUUCACCAUUUUCAUUAGAAACACUAAGGCUACAUAUUGAAUCAAUGUCAAUAAAACAUCCACGAUUUGAUCAAUCCUUUGAUGAAAAUAAACCUGGUUUUAGUAAUAUCCACCCAAUCAAUGAAUUAGAACCAAAUGACGGUCAAACUCCGACAAUCAGCCCAACUCUUUCUUUACACCAACUAGUUUUUGAUGAUAUUACAUCUUCAGAUCUCCAUACAAAUGAUGAACAAAAGCCUUCAUCAGCAGAUUUAAUUAGUAAUGUAGCUGAUCCUCAAUCUUGUAUUUCAUCACUUCCUACAUCACCAAGAACAAUAUUAGCCGAAAAGUGUGGAGAGUUCGGUUCACAGGGUGGAAUUUUGGAAAUACCUGAACACAAUGUCUGUUUGAGGAUUCCUGAAGGAGCUAUUUCUGAAGAGGAAGGUCUGCAAAAAAUAUUUAUUAGGGUUUAUGAAAGCGGAAAUGAAUUGCUCGUAGAUAAUUUACCAUGUGAAACACAACAAUCAUCUGACAAACCUAUAUUGGUCAGUCCAAUGGUUAUGUGUGGUCCUAGAGGUUUAACAUUUCAUAAACCUGUUGAACUUACUGUCCCAAGAUAUCCUCUAGACUCAGAAUCUAGUGAUGAAUCCGAAACAAAACUUGAUAAACAUUUAGAAAAAUGGAAUUUAUCUUUAUUACAUGCUUCAGCUAUUUCUACUUCAACAUCAACGGAUGAUGAUUCUUUACCAAGAACUUCACGUUCAAAUGAACCAACAAAAUGGCAUGAAAUACCUCUAAGUGCUAAAUGUCAAUCAUCUAUGAAAAACAAAACAAAUUCUCAAAAACAUAAACAUAAUACUAAUCAAGGAAUUCUUUCCAUUAUUAAAGAUUCUCAUAUUUCAAUUUUAAUUGAUCAUUUCUAAUUUGUUUUUAACAUUUCUAAAUAGUUUCCUCUAAAUGUUUAAAUAUGAAAAUCAGUGAAUAAACCCAUGAAAACAUAAUGCAGAAAUUUGUCGCUUAUUAUGUAAAGAGAGCAAGAACAAAGAUUGAUGCAGAAUAGUAUAUGAAUUCAUUUUAUUUCGUUAGGUUCUAAUCAGUUGCUUACAACCUAAAAUAUUUAAAAUUCAACAUUAUUACAGAUAUUGACAUAUUUAUACAUAAGAGGAUGAUUAAAGAUGAAUAAAUAUAUCAUGGUGUGACGAAGAUUCCGAUAGAGUUAAUGGGAUCAUAAAAUUUUGUCUCGAAUAAAUAGAGUUUGAGAGGGAAAGUUCCGGAACAUUGAAAUAAGGGGUUAUUGUUACCAUUUAUUUCAUUUAUUUCUCUACUUAUUUAUUGCGUCAUUACUCCAACUCUUUCAAAUUAUAUCAUACAUAACUGACUGAUUUUAAUUCAUAUUUUCUUUAUUACCAUUAAUCUAUCUUCAUGAGUUCGAAUCACUAUUUCAAUGUUCCGGAACUUUCCCUCUUAAACUCUAUUUAUUCGAAACAAAACUUUAUGGCCUCAUUAACUCUAUCGGAAUCUUCGCUAUACUAUGAUACAUUUAUUCAUCCUUAAUCAUCCUCUUAUGUAUAAGUAUGUCAAUAUCUAUAAUAAUGUUGAA